AUGAUGACGGAUAAUAAGGUCGACGUUGAAUGUAGGAUCUCUCCCGAACAUUAGGAAAAAUGGUGUGUUCUGGAUACUGCUGAGAGUCGACGUAUUGUACAUGAAUGUACAGGCUGAAAUGAACUGGUCCCAGUCGCACUGAGCGGCACUCAUGUAGGAGCGGAGCAUCAGUUAAUUCGGUCAGCGUUUCAGAUCUUAGAUAGGAUGCGUUAUCUGAAACGAGUUCGGACAUGA